AUGGGACAAAGAGGUUCGAGGACUGCUCCGGAACAUGUUGAAAGAGUGGAAGAAGACCGACAUAGUGCGUGGGGGAGUGACAUCGAUGACACCUUCUGUGGUCCGGGCAAGAUUUGUGCAGACGACUGGACCCCUAUGCACUCCCUAGCCGCCACUCCAGAAUCUCAGAGACGGCGAUUCAGUGAAGCAGUGAUCAUCACAGAGCAACCUGGAAUUUCUGAAACAUUUGAUGAUGACAACAUAACAAAUUUCGAUGUGAUGACAUUUCAUGAAGACUUCGAUGAUCCGCCCAUAUUGGUGGCUCCGGUGGUAGUGGGGCCUAGGAGAAGGGAGAAAAAGAAGCUGAGGAAGAAAGCUGGGGUGAAACGGAAAAUUAAAAGUAGGAGGAAGAGGAGAUCGACUAUCGACACAACUGUAGAGACACCAGUUCUGAGGAGUUAUAGAAGAUCUCAAUACUCUGCCAAACUCCGAAAACACCGACCCCGCCAUCAUUUGAUAUAUGUCCGACAUAUCCGAAUCCACCAAGACCCACGGUAUCCCAAAAUCCCACGCCCUAACUACAAUCAAGAUUUGAAAUUUAGAAGAGGAGAGACAGAUGAAACGAAUCGUUUCUCCAAAGUAGUGCCACCACGUCAUCUAAAAGGACAGCCCAUCUCAGCGAGACCACAUUUUCGGUAUCGUGGAAUUCCGAAGAUAAUCAUCUGA